GUUCGGUUGCCGGUGGUUACCAGUAAUCCUUCGUCUACUUCUUGCCUCAAUUGGACAAACUGAUCAUUGGAAGGUCGCAAUUUGUCCCUCAAAACAAAGAAUUUUGGAAAUGUUUGGGUUCUCUGGAGCAGCUCUCAAAUCCACUCGUCUUCUUCCACUCUGUGCAGCUCCCACCUGCAGCAUCACCACCGCUACCAGCUCCUCCUCCUCUUCAUAUCCACUUCUUUUUCAAUGCAAACUAAGAAGUAGGAUUAGGGUUUCGUCUGUUUCUGGGAAGCUCACCAAUUUAACUUUAAGAGCCCGUGCGACCGAAUCUGUAGGCGUUUCCCCCCUGCAAACCGACGGUGACUUUUGGGAGGAUCCUGACGAUGGCAGUGGCAGCGAAUACGAGGAUGAUGAUGAAGAUGGCGAAGAAAACAAUCUGGAUUUCGAGAGCGACUGGGAAGACCAAGUAGGAGGAGAUUCUCAUGCAACUCUUACCACUAAUACUGAUAAAUCCCCAACAGCUCAGUAUGAAAAUGACCUAGCCAGAGAGGUUGAACAGCUAUUGAGUCCAGAAGAAAAAGCAAUUUUUCAACAGAAUGAAUCUCCUGUUCUCAGUAAAAUAUCUACUACAAAAUGGAGCCCACUUCAUACUCUUGCACUAUCAGGGCAGAUUCCUUUCAUGGAUAGACUACUUGAGCAAGGUGUUGAUAUUGAUACUGUUGACAAGGAUGGCUACACUGCACUUCACAAGGCUGUUAUUGGUAAAAAAGAACCUGUUAUUAGUCAUCUUUUAAGGAAAGGUGCAAACCCCCAUCUCAGAGAUAAGGAUGGUGCUACACCGCUUCAUUAUGCAGUGCAAGUUGGGGCAUUGCAAACUGUGAAACUAUUGAUUAAGCACAAGGUUGAUGUAAAUGUUACUGACAAUGAAGGCUGGACCCCGCUGCAUGUUGCUAUACAAAGUAGGCAUAGAGACAUAGCUAAAAUUUUGUUAGUCAAUGGCGCUGAUAAGACAAGAAGAAAUAAGGAUGGUAAGACACCCCUGGAUGUAAGCUUGUGUUAUGGUAAAGAUUUCAAGUCGUAUGACCUUGCAAAGCUACUGAAGAUCUUACCAGUUAGCAUAGAUCCUUGAUUGGCAAGCAUUGUUGAGGUAGAUCUACUUUCGUAGAACUGUUCUAUAUGAGUUGAUUAUAGUUAUAAGUUAUAUCCUUCCCAAGCUCCAACGUUUCAAGUGGUGAGAAAGCUGUUUCUUGGUUCCAUAAUGUAGUCUCUAUCUUCAGGUAAGGAGUGUGUUCUCCGUUAUCAGGUAUCCAGGAAGGAAUCUGCGGUUAACUUUAUGGAUGAUUUGAGCAUGCUCAAAGUUUUUGGUAAAUUUUAUAUCUAUCUGUAUAUUUAGUUUGAAUAGAACUUUCAUGCUUUUAUAUUUACAUUCCUUGAUUGAAGGAAAACCUGGAAGUCCUGGUCCUGCUGUGUUGUUAAAUCUGGUUUACAAGAGUUUGCAGUUAACUUCAUGAGUGAUUUCUGCA